AUGGACGCGCCGAGCGCCACCGCCAAGCGCAAGCGCUCCUCCCCCGCCGCCGCCGCGCCGGCCCCCGUCAGCGUGGACGACGUAUCCGACGCAGAGGUCGAGGAGUUCUACGCCAUCCUGCGCCGCAUGCGCGACGCCUCGCGCCGGCUCGUCUCCGGCGGGGUCGCCGCGGCCACGGCCCGCGCCGCCCCGGCCCCGCGCGCGCCGGCCUGGUGCCCCAGCUUCUCCUGGGAGGACUUCGCGCCGCCCGCCCCGACACCGCCGCCUGCUCCUUCGCAGCAGGAGCAGCUGCUGCCCGCCGACGAGCGCGUGGCCGAGAACGCGUCCCCGCCGCGGCGGCCCGUCCCCCGCGGCCUGGACCUCAACGCCGAGCCGGAGCCGGAGGUGCAAGCCUAG